AUGCGGACAGGCUGGAGCUUGAGGCCGCCGGGGCCGAUAGUGGUUGCGGUCGUGCUGCUCCUGAGCGGCGUGGGGCCGGCGUACGGCUCCGAGGAUAUCGUAGUGGGUUGCGGGGGCUUCGUCAAGUCGGACGUGGAGAUCAACUACUCGCUCAUCGAGAUAAAGUUGUACACCAAGCAUGGGACUUUGAAAUACCAGACAGACUGUGCCCCAAACAACGGUUACUUUAUGAUCCCCUUGUAUGAUAAGGGAGAUUUCAUUCUGAAGAUUGAGCCUCCCCUGGGGUGGAGUUUUGAGCCAACAAACGUGGAACUCUACGUGGAUGGUGUCAGUGAUAUCUGCACGAAGGGAGGAGACAUCAACUUUGUGUUCACGGGAUUCUCUGUGAAUGGCAAGGUUCUCAGCAAAGGGCAGCUCCUGGGGCCCGCAGGAGUUCAGGUUUCUCUCAGAAACACAGGGACUGAGGCAAAGAUCCAGUCAACAGUUACACAGCCUGGUGGCAAGUUUGCAUUUUUUAAAGUUCUUCCUGGAGAUUAUGAAAUUCUGGCAACUCAUCCAACCUGGGCAUUGAAGGAGGCUAGUACCACUGUACGUGUAACCAACUCCAAUGCCAAUGUGGCCAGUCCCCUCAUAGUUGCUGGUUAUAAUGUGUCUGGCUCGGUCCGAAGUGAUGGGGAGCCUAUGAAAGGAGUGAAGUUUCUUCUGUUUUCUUCUUUUGUAACCAAAGAGGAUGUCCUGGGCUGCAAUGUCUCUCCAGUACAUGGGUUCCAGCCCCAAGAUGAGACUCUGAUGUAUUUGUGUUACGUGGUCUCCAAAGAAGAUGGCUCGUUCUCCUUCUAUUCCUUGCCAAGUGGGGGCUAUACUGUGGUUCCAUUCUAUAGAGGGGAGAGGAUUACUUUUGACGUUGCUCCUUCCAGACUUGAUUUUACAGUAGAACAUGACAGCCUAAAAAUUGAGCCCGUGUUCCACGUCAUGGGGUUCUCCGUCACUGGCAGGGUUUUGAAUGGACCUGAGGGAGAAGGUGUUCCAGAGGCAGUAGUCACUCUGAAUAAUCAAAUCAAAGUGAAAACAAAAGCUGAUGGCUCAUUCCGCCUGGAGAACAUAACAACAGGGACAUACACCAUCCAUGCUCAGAAAGAGCACCUCUACUUUGAAACAGUUACUAUCAAAAUUGCACCUAACACACCUCAGCUGGCUGACAUCAUUGCAACAGGGUUCAGUGUCUGUGGUCAGAUAUCAAUCAUCCGCUUCCCUGACACAGUCAAGCAGAUGAGUAAAUACAAAGUUGUCCUGUCCUCUCAAGACAAGGACAAGUCUUUGGUCACCGUGGAGACAGAUGUUCAUGGAUCAUUUUGUUUUAAAGCAAAACCGGGAACCUACAAUGUCCAGGUGAUUGUUCCUGAGGUGGAGACCAAAGUGGGGCUGACGCUGAAACCCCAGAUGUUUCCUCUCACAGUGACUGACAGGCCUGUGAUGGAUGUGGCUUUCGUGCAGUUUUUGGCAUCUGUUUCUGGGAAAGUCUCUUGUUUGGACACCUGUGGUGACCUGCUGGUGACCCUGCAGUCCCUGAGCCGCCAGGGCGAGAAGCGGAGCCUCCAGCUCUCUGGCAAGGUCAACUCGAUGACUUUCACAUUUGAUAAUGUGCUUCCUGGAAAAUAUAAAAUAAGCAUCAUGCACGAGGACUGGUGCUGGAAGAACAAGAGUCUGGAGGUGGAAGUUCUGGAAGAGGAUGUAUCAGCGAUUGAGUUUAGGCAGACGGGCUAUAUGCUGAGAUGCUCCCUUUCUCAUGCAAUCACUCUGGAAUUUUAUCAGGAUGGAAAUGGACCCGAGAAUGUGGGGAUUUAUAACCUCUCCAAAGGAGUCAACCGAUUUUGCCUGUCUAAGCCUGGUGUGUAUAAAGUGACCCCUCGCUCCUGCCACCGGUUUGAGCAAGCUUUCUACACCUAUGACACGUCUUCACCUAGUAUCUUGACGUUGACAGCCAUUCGCCACCAUGUCCUUGGGACUAUCACCACUGACAAAAUGAUGGAUGUCACCGUGACAAUCAAGUCUUCCAUUGACAGUGAGCCUGCCUUAGUCUUAGGUCCUCUGAAGUCUGUGCAGGAGCUCCGGAGAGAGCAGCAGCUAGCUGAAAUUGAGACCCGCAGGCAGGAGAGGGAGAAAAACGGCAAAGAAGAAGGUGGAGAAGGGAGGACCAAACCUCUUGUGCAGGAGAUGGUAGAUGAAUUACAAGGCCCCUUCUCAUAUGAUUUCUCUUAUUGGGCACGGUCUGGAGAGAAAAUCACUGUUACACCUUCGUCUAAAGAGCUUCUCUUUUAUCCCCCUUCAAUGGAAGCCGUUGUCAGUGGAGAAAGCUGUCCAGGGAAGCUGAUCGAGAUCCAUGGGAAGGCUGGCUUGUUUUUAGAAGGCCAGAUCCACCCCGAGUUGGAAGGAGUUGAGAUUGUCAUUAGUGAAAAGGGGGCAAGCUCACCCCUGAUCACAGUCUUCACUGAUGACAAGGGUGCCUAUAGUGUUGGACCCUUGCACAGUGAUCUAGAGUAUACUGUGACCUCACAGAAGGAGGGCUAUGUGUUGACUGCUGUGGAAGGAACCAUAGGAGACUUUAAGGCUUAUGCCUUGGCAGGCAUAAGCUUUGAGAUAAAAGCUGAAGAUGACCAACCCCUCCCUGGGGUCCUCUUGUCCCUCAGUGGUGGCGUGUUUCGUUCCAACCUCUUGACUCAGGACAAUGGCAUUCUGACGUUCUCAAACCUGAGUCCUGGGCAGUAUUACUUCAAACCCAUGAUGAAAGAAUUCCGGUUUGAGCCGUCCUCACAAAUGAUCGAGGUGCAAGAGGGACAGAAUCUGAAGAUCACCAUCACCGGGUACCGGACAGCCUACAGGAAACUGCCUGAGCAAGACAUUGCCCAAGGAUCAUACAUUGCCCUGCCUUUGACGUUACUUGUUCUGUUGGCUGGUUAUAACCAUGAUAAGCUCAUUCCUUUGCUGCUACAGUUGACAAGCCGACUGCAGGGAGUCCGUGCUCUUGGCCAGGCAGCCUCUGACAAUAGUGGCCCAGAAGAUGCAAAAAGACAAACCAAGAAACAGAAGACAAGGCGGACGUGA